AAAGCAAUUUCGAAACUUCUUCGAAAGGCAUGUGGUGCUUCCCUUCCUUCGAUUCCCAUUUCUCUACCCCAUUUUCAUCUUCUUCACUCUUCUCAACUUCUUCCUAUGGACUUCAAACUCCAAACCCUCUUCAAUCCCACGCUUAUUUGCCUCUUCACUGUCUUCUUCUCGACUUUUGCUUCUGAAAUCGCCUCUCUGGACAAGAAAUUCAAGGCCUGUGCGCCUCGAAGCUGUGGAAAUGGUCCAAAUAUAAGCUACCCCUUUUGGAUAUCUGGUGUCCACGAACCUUUCUGCGGAUACCCAGAUUUCAAAAUCGUAUGUAAUGAUGAAAAAUACCCUGUUCUUGAAAUUUCCGGCGAGGGUUUUAUCAUCGAGGACAUUUUCCCCCAAAACCAUUCGUUUCUGUUGGUCAGUCCUUCAGCUUACGGCUAUGAACAUUCAUGCCCUUCUCAUAACACCAGCCUCACUCGAACACCAUUCCGUUGUACUUUGGAUAAUGAAGAUUUCUUCUUCUUCUAUGAUUGCCUAUCGAAGCCCGCGGAUCAGAUUUAUGAACUCAACUGUUCUAGCGACGAUUCCUCCCUCUUUUCUUUUGCGACUUUCCACCAGGACCUUUCGGAGCAUUCAUGCCACUCUUCGAUUCGGCUGCCUAUUCGCAAGAAUCCGAAUGUUAGUCCAAAUGUCCUAGGGGAAAUGAAUUAUGUUGAGAUUUUGAAGAUGGGUUUCGUUCUGAAUUGGACUGCACAGUACUGCAGCGGCUGCGAUCAAAGUGAGCGCAGGAAUGAUAAUAAGCAUGAUAUCAGAAAUAAGAUUAUAAUUGGCACAUGUGUUGGUUUUGGAACCUUGCUUUUAACUUUACUUGUUCUCGGCAUCUGGUACCGGCGGCAGCUCCGCCAUAAAACUUCUCGCACGCUGCCGUAUGUGCAACGAAGCAUUCCCUCGGAUCCGUUGAACCCGCCGAAUCCGCCUUCUGUGGAAGAACUUGAGAAGGGUGGUACUUACUUGGGUGUUCACCUCUUCUCCUAUAAAGAGCUUGAAGAAGCCACCCACCAUUUUGACUCCAAUAAAGAGCUUGGAGAUGGAGGUUUUGGCACAGUUUAUCAUGGAUUACUCAAAGAUGGGCGUGCAGUUGCUGUAAAACGUUUGUUUGAAAGCAAUUUUAAGAGAGUUGAGCAGUUCAUGAAUGAGGUGGAUAUCCUUGCCCGCCUACGCCACCGCAACCUCGUUUCGCUUUACGGUUGCACCUCCCGCCAUAGCCGUGAGCUUUUGCUUGUGUAUGAGUACAUCCCGAACGGCACCGUGGCUGAUCACCUCCAUGGCAAACUAGCAAAGCCUGGCAAGCUUCCAUGGUCUACAAGAAUGAAGAUUGCUAUAGAGACUGCAAGCGCUUUGGUGUACCUCCAUGCUUCUGAAAUCAUCCACCGUGAUGUCAAAACCAACAACAUUCUCCUUGACAACAACUUUUGUGUUAAAGUAGCUGAUUUCGGACUGUCCCGUCUCUUCCCUCUCGAUGUCUCACACAUUUCGACCACUCCACAAGGCACGCCCGGCUACGUUGAUCCCGAGUAUCAUCAGUGCUACCAACUCUCCGAUAGAAGUGAUGUCUUCAGCUUUGGAGUGGUACUAGUUGAGCUCAUGUCCUCAAUGCCCGCCGUUGACAUCACAAGGCAUAGACAAGAGAUCAACCUGUUCAACAUGGCCAUCAACAAGAUCCAAAGCCACGCAUUGCACGAGCUCGUCGACCCCACGCUUGGUUUCGAGUCGGACUACAAAAUCCGAGAGAUGAUAACCAGUGUAGCCGAGUUGGCAUUUCGAUGCCUGCAGGGUAUGAAAGACGAGAGGCCAUCAAUGAUGGAGGUUCUCGAGACCUUGAACACCAUACAGAAACAAAACACCGAUAAAGGGAAGGAUCAAGAAUCCGAAAUUUCGGCGAAGGACGACGCCGUGCUGUUGAAGAAUGGCUAUGCUUCUUCUCCAAAUUCCCUAUCUACAUCUUGGGUUAGCAGCACAUCCACAGCAACUACCGAAACCGUAAGCGCUUGAUCAAGCUCUCUCCUCCCACCAUUAUACCACCACUGUAAACUCAAGUAGUUCAUCAUAAUCAUUCCAUUUUCAAUGAUGGGUUGCUGCAUAUAUGUUUUGUUAGUGUUCAUUAAAUUGAUUCUUCAGUCUUUAAGAAUAUUAGAACCUAAUAGAACAAAAAGGCCAAGGUUUUUACUUGUCCCAGGUUGUUAAAUUA